CUCAACUUGUGUCUUGAUGGGGCUCAGUCAACUCCACCUCAAAUACAUUUCAAGUCAACUGUGGGCUACGAGUCAGGAGCCCUUGCUGGGCAACGACUAAAGAAUGUUGCACUCUUUUUCCGAGACAGUGCAAUCAUUUCUUUUGAUUUUGGCGCUGUCUACUUGUUUCACGGCUGCACUUGAUUUGCAAGCAAAAGUUGAGAAACUCGAGAAAAACUAUGUCAAAAUUAAAGAGCAUUUGGAAGCCAAAAUUAUAGUUUUGGAAACGAAAGUCAGUCGGCUGGAAGCCAAAGUUAAAAAACAGGAUUCGCUUUUGGCUGUUCUAAAAAAAGGGCACAAACCUUUGAAAGAUAACGUCGACAUCAAUGAACAUCGUCGUCACAACGCCACUCUUCGCACUUGCCACGAAAUCCACGUAGCCAAUCCAUCGUACCCCUCCGGCAUGUACUGGAUCGAUCCAGACGGCCAAGGCAUUGGUGAUCCACCAAUCCACGUCCAUUGCUACAUGGAGGAUAACUGGUACCCACCUGGUACAACAUUCAUCCUGCACGACAGCGAGUCGAAAAUGGACAUUGGAAAUUGCACCGAACCUGGAUGUUACUCGAGGCAAAUCAAAUAUUACGCCAGCGAUAGACAAAUCGAAGCGUUGAUUCAAUUGUCCCAAGACUGCGAACAAAACAUUGUGUUCUAUUGCAAAAAAUUGCCGUUAAACUACAACGGGAUCGCCUAUGCUUGGUGGUACGACAAAGACGGCAAAAGGGACGAGUUUUCCAAAUGGCUGACGGAGUGCGACAAUCUAAAAGAAUUUAAAGAGAUCGGUGUCACCAGGAAGCACCACAAGCGUCUGCCAUACACGCGCUUCCAUUUUAGCAAUCCGUUUAAAGGAUCCGGCCAACACCAAGUGAGUCGGUUGCAAUGUCAUGGAAAGGCAAAGACGGAGGCGAUGCCAGCGUCUUGUGAAGAUUUGUGGCGGAUGGGACACACUCUCAACGGAAUCUACUCCGUCAGGGGAGCUAAACAAAUGGAAACUGUUUUCUGCCAGUUCGAUAAACGACCUAAUGAACAAGGUUUUCAAAAAUGGAUCGGAUACGUCGACGUCAAAUCUUUGCCGACCUAUUUCUACGUUCGAAAGAACACGGCUUUCAACCGCAUGAACGUUGCUAUACCUUUUGAAGUGGAAAAGGUUAACGUCGGCAAUGCCAUGGAUUUAAAAGCGGGAAUAUUCACGGCCCCACGUGAUGGCAUCUACUUCUUCUCCUUCAACGGAUUGGCCAGUAGUGCACCUACUAAAGAAACGGCUUACUCCGGAGUAGGUCUUUUUUUGAACGCAAUACAAGUUGGUAGAACUUGGCUGCAUGAGGCGGACGUCACCUCUAACCACGAUCGUCCACUGACCCUUCAAUUAACGUUGAAAUUGAAAGCCAACGAUCGCGUUUGGUUGGAGAUUACAGGCAUGGCAGAGACGAGCUUUCUGUUUGAUAAUCAUCACGGACAUAAUCACUUUACAGGUUUCAUGUUGGACGAGGAAAUUGCAAACUCUCCGUGAUGAAUUUAUUUCGCAUUCGUGUUGGCGUGGUGUUUUUUGGUUUUGAAUUUUUGUUUACGUGUGUACUAAACUUUGCUCGAGGCUUUCCCCCUUUCCGAGAAAAACUAUACGUUUGUCUCCAUAAAAUAAAGAAUUUGGAUUUUCGCA